AUGUCGUCCGAAGCAGAGCGUAUCCAUGCAGCACCUCCCUCCCUCUCUGAUGCUUUUGCCAUCACGCCACGAUUCGCAGCAGAACGUGCGGCAGCAGGCUACAACCUGUCAGGCACACGCCACAACGACCCUGCCAAGAAGGGCCAAUUCUUGCCAGAUCUGAAUGUGCGUCUGAUCUGCCCCGAUUGCCAGACAACGCCGCCGAAUAUUACAGAAGAGUUUGCCAGUGGCGAUUUGGUCUGUGCCGACUGUGGGCUAGUCCUGGGCGAUCGCAUUGUGGAUACCCGAAGUGAAUGGCGAACCUUUGCGAAUGAAGAUGGCGAUGAUCCCUCGCGUGUGGGUAGUGUGGCCAAUCCGAUUCUCGAUGGUAUUACGGAGCAGCUAGAGAGUCGAAUUGCCGCACGCGAUGGUGGAACUGGCACCUCGCGUGAACUGCUCAAAACCAUGUCUCGUGCCUCGGCACCGCGUGAUCGAUCGCUUCUGGAUGCCUUUGACCUGAUCCAAAACAAGUGUGAUAGCAUCCACUUGCCACGAACAGUGUGCGACACCGCCAAGCAAGCGUAUCGACGAGUCGAGCAGGAGAAACUUCUACGUGGGAAACAAACCGAUGCCAUUAUCGCUGCUGCCAUCUAUGUCGCCUGCCGUGUGAACCGUGUGCCACGUACCUUCCCAGAGGUGUGUGCACUCACGUCGGCACGCAAGCAACAGGUAGCGCGGUGUUUCCGCGAGAUGAAGGAAGCCUUUGGCUUGAAUGCCACUGGCUCAGGCUCGAUUGACGGCGAAGAUACGUCCGUGGAUGCAGCAGUGGCUAGUGCAGGGACAGGAGGCGCGGCGCCUCUUGGCCUCGCUGUGGGAGCCACAGACUUGGUGGCCCGAUACUGCAACCACUUGGGUCUGGAUAUGUCCAUUGUCCGUGUGACAGAGGCCGUGACGAUGCGUAUUCAGGAGUUGGGCUUCCUCGCUGGUCGUUCGCCUAUCACCAUUGCUGCCGCCACUAUAUACCUGGUUACGAUUUUGGUCAAUGAGCAGCGCACCGCGCGCCGUAUUUCUGUGGCGGCAGGCGUGUCAGAUGUGACGAUCAAGCAUUCGUUCAAGGAAUUGCUGAAAGUGAUUGACCAGAUCCUGACGCCUGACAUUGUUUCCAAAGACGCUCGCAUUGACGUGAAAAGAUUGGACUCCAUGAAAUAA